UUGACGCGGUCAGAAGUGGAAGCUAUUAUUACUAAACCGCAAAUAGAAACAUAUGAUUUAAUAAUUAUUAUGAAUGACAUAAAAAAGUUAAAGGAACAGCAGCGUGAUAAACAUCCAGGAUUUGAUGGUUAUCUGGAUUGCAUGACACGUGCUCUCUUCACCGGCUUGGCCUCAUUUUGCUUGGGUUUUGCGGGUACAUAUUUUACACAAAAGGCAGUGCAAACAAAAAUACAUUAUCCAGCCAAGUAUAACAUAUUGAUAUCGUGCUUAGUAGCCAGUGGUAUAUCUUAUCAGACAACAACAACACGCACCAAGUCUUGCCAAGCGGCGUGGAUGGCCUACGAGGACAAGCACACGGUUCUUAAAGAGAAAACCUUUUAAGAAAAUAACAGGUUAAGUAGUUAUA